AUGUUGCAUAUUAAACAACAGCAAGAUGACCUGAGUGGAAAAUUUGAUGCCAUCGAUAUGAAAUUUAAUUAUCACAAAAAUGAUAUUAAUCAAAUGAAAUAUUGUAUCUAUGAAAUUCUAUGUCCACUUGUCAAAGAAAUUUUCAAUCAAAUACAUGUAAAAACAAGAGGUUCAAAUAAACAAACUAUAUCCUUAUUAUAUAAUAAACUGAUAGAUUUUACAUCUAAGAAUAUUAUUUUAAAUGUUAAUAUUGGUGAUGUAUCAGGUGAUAAAACAGGUGCUCAAGAACGUACAACAUCCAAUGAUCCUCAUAUAAUUCCAAUUACUAAUCUAUCUAAAAAGCAAAAUAAAAUUUUACAAGAUCUUACUUCAGAAUGGACCACAACAACUACAUUAAAUAAUUUAUUAAAGAAAUGGGAAAUACGUCAACAACAAACAAUGGAUAUGCUCAACAUUAAAAAUGAAUUAUCUUUUUUAUUAUUGAAUAUUAGUAGUCUUAAACUUUAUCUAUAUGAUCUAUUUGAAUUACUUAAUACAAUGGAUGUAUCUAUUAUUGUAUUAAAUGGAACACGACAUGAUAAUGAUACAUCAAAAUAUUUUCAAAUACAUUUAACAAAUUAUCAAGUCUUCCUUCAACAAGGAUCAAAUGCUUUUGGUGGUGUACUGAUUGCUACACAUCGUUCUAUUCCAGUACAAAGAGUCACCAGUUAUAAUAAUGACAAUAACCUGAUUGUUUUAGAUAUAGGAAAUUCUUCAAACCAAUUGCAAUUAGUAACUUGUUAUUCUCCACCAAAUGAAAAAUUACCACUAAAUCUUUUCAACGAUAUACUACGUCGAAAUGCAAAUACUUUUUUACUUGGUGAUUUAAAUGCUAAACAUGAAUCUUGGUUCAAUACAACAGGAAAUCAAAAAGGACGCCUUUUAUUUGAAUGGUUAAAUGAAAAUUAUUAUCAAGUUGUCAACAAAUUUGUUCCUACUUCAACACGAUCAAAUGCAGUGAUUGACCUUAUUUUAGCACCUAUGAACAUGCAUUCUGGUUCUUUCUCUGUACUUCCAUCUAUUGGAAGUGAUCAUUAUCCUGUAUUUUGGUCAUCACCAUUCACAAUACCUUCGAGAGAUCGUUUUAUUCAAAUUAAACCUCGUCGUCAUUUCUCUUCUUAUUGUCCACCAAUUGAAGGUAUUCUACAUAAUGAUGCGACUAUCACAUCUCCAGUGGAAAUGUGUGAUAUAGCUAAGAAAUUUUAUCUAGAACAAUUUUCUGAGCAUGAAAAUAAUCAAUCUGCGUUGGAAAUUGAAGCUGAUUUAGUUGAUCAAGAAUUGAAUAAAAAAUUACAAAAUUCGAAAUUAGAUUUUAUUAACCUCAAAUUCGUUGAUGUUAAGAAAGCUGUUUCAUCAUUAAAGAAUAAAAAUUCCACAGGAUUUGAUGGUGUAUCAAACAGAAUUAUAAAACUUUCACCUUCAUCUCAUCUUACAUUUAUCACAUCCGCUUUUAAUUAUAUGUUUCAAAAUGUAUGUUUUCCUCGACAUUGGCAGAUUGCAAAAAUUAUACUAUUGUCCAAAACGAAAACGUCUAUAGUGGAUUUAAAUGAUACUCGUCCAAUCUCAUUACUUCCAUGCUUUUCAAAGUUGUAUGAAAAACUGUUUCUUUUACAUUUUCGUCAAUGGAUUUUGGAUAAUGGUAUUCUACCGGAAGAACAAACUGGUUUUAGGCCAGGACAUAAUAUGUCCACCAGAAUCGUAUCGAUUAUUGAUCAAAUAGGUCAAGGUCUUGCAGUAAAUACUGCUACAGCUGCUUUAUUUGUCGACUUUAAGUCCGCCUUUAAUCAAUUAUGGUUCAAAAGCCUAUGGAUCAAACUCAUGCGUCUUAAGAGAGGGUCCGCGAGAAGACCACCCUACUCUCCAUAUAGGUCGCCGGGGAAAAAAAUUUUUUUUUCGAUUUUAUUUUCUUAAAUAAUAGGUCUAGGUAAACUAUAGUUAAAUCCAAAAUAUUAGCGCAUUUGGUUUUACCUAUGAAGAAUGCGAGCUAAAACAAGUGUAAGGGGGUCAAAAUUGACCCUAAAAAGUCGCUAAAAAUGGGUGUGCUCAGUAUUGUGACAUUUUCUCAUGAAUGGUUUGACCGUUUGAGAUCGGGCACAUCUCAUUAGAUAGGGAAUAGUAUAGGCUACAAAUUUAUCCAAUUUUGAUGAUUCAUAUCUAGGAUAAAAGAAACGCUAUAGAUCAAAAACCUUCUAAAUCUCAAGAAAUCCUACAUUCUGGGACAGCAGUAUUUUGGGCUUUUCUUGAGUGGUGCAAACGGUCCCAAACUUCUUUUUCUACCAGACAUAGAUCUUGUCAAGAUACAUCUUUUGACAUUAAAUUGUCAAGACAAAAAAACUCAGGGGCCAAGUUAGCAUGGACCGCACUGUCCCCUACCCUACCUAGUCACCAUUGAUUCUACCCCAUAAAGACAUACAAUUUCUACAGGAAUCACGAAAAUGAACUUCAGAUUCGUGUUCAGCUUGAAAAACUGGGUUAGAUAGGUUAUUUUAGAUUGAUUCGUUAUUUGUACCAAGCGUGCUGAAGAUUAUGGGUCUACUUCAUGGAUAUAUUAUACACAUAUGCAACAGUGUUUUGAUAAUAAUUUACUAAUAUUAAUAGUUAUCGAGUUCUGGUUUUUACCAUUCGAUAGCCAUUUUCGAAAGCUAUAAAACUAUAUAUUUUCCAAGCUUAAAACUCUUGAUCACCCGAGCCAUACCCAGACACAUUGGCCUUGAAACACGAUUUUAUGCAUUUUUGCCCCU